AUGACUAGCCUAGCAACCAUGCGGCACGCAGGAAUCCUUGGGAGCCUUUCCGUGGUCCUCAUCUCACUGAAAGGAUGUGGGGACGUCUUCUACGAGAGUGAAGCCGAUGCUUUGAGCAAGAUUUGUGGUGGCUGGACAUCCUCAUGUCCAGACUCGUGCAGGUGCUGUGUGCAAAGCAACUGGGAAUUUGCCGAAGCAUGUGUCAGUGGGAUGGCACAAGGUACUCGGCCAGACGCUUGCAGGUCCUGCAUCAGUUCCGCCACCGAGGGUUGGGAACCCGAGGAUUGCAAAACCGAGCGAAACAUGGGCCACUGCGGCUAUCAGUACUGGGACAACUCCAGAGGUGAAUGCGAAAAGUACAAUGAGACAUGUGGGUCUGGUUUUCUGAGCCAGAGCUAG